GACCUUUCUGUUGCUUAUUUUCUGGCUGUAGAACAUUUUAAGCAUGCUGCCCGUUUAGUUUCCAGCAAACUGGGAACUCCUGUGGCAGGUGUUUCUCCCGUUGUGGAGGCUUCAUCGUCAGAAGUCACUACAGAUCAAGCAGUUCCUUCUCAGGGCCCAAUUAUCUUAUCUGCAGUGGUCAGCAAAUCAAGUCUGCCAUCAGUUAAACCAACUGAAGAUAGAGAGAGGAGAUCUACAUUGCCCAAAUUAAAUGUUGAUAGCCGUAAACUGAGGAGGUUGAUCCGGCCUCGUAUUGGAAAGCCUGACGAGCCCAUGGGAGACAGAGAAAUGCCAGAAGUUGAGGGGUCAAAUAAUGAUGGGAAGCCUGCAUCCUCUCAUAAUUUAGAAACUCAAGGAAGCCUCAUGCUAGUGACAAAUGCUACUGUCUGUAAAUGCCUUGCUUCUUCCACCUCUUCUGAGUUACAAGGAGAGACACUCAUUCAACAUGGCACCACAUCUGAUGUGGCAGCGCCAGCACUGAAGAAGUCCAAAGCCUUAGAUUUUCCACAAGAAGGUGCUGAAGGACAAACUGCUGCUGCUUUUGAAAACGUGGAAACUUGCCCUGUCAUGGAAGAACCUUCAGAUGCAGAAAUGAUUGAUGCUACCGAGAAGGAUGACGUGGAGACGGUUGGGGAGCAGGAUGAGGAGCCAAAGAUAGGUGGCACAAAUCAAAUCGAGUUGCAGAAUGAGAGCAAUGAUUUUUUGGAGGAUAUAGGUUAUAAGCAGAAUGAAUCAGAGGGGAUCUUUGAUGAUGAGACCAAGGAAGUUGCUGCUGAGCAGGACAUAUCAGGAAGUGAACGAGAAGAGGGAGAGCUGGUUCCCGACUUCGCAGAUGUUGAAAGUGGUGGUAAUAUGUCUAGCCUAAUGGAGAGCCAAGAAAUUGGAGAAAACCAGACUGAGCCUACUGUGAGUUCACCUCCUGUAGUUGCUGAUGAGGAAGGUCUAGUUUCUGCUACCAUGGACUCUGGAGACACUAGUUCUCCCCAUGUUCUGGUUGAUGAAGCUGAUGUGAUGGGAGCAAAUGCUGAUGAGGGUGCAGCAGACGAUUCCAAUGAAGGUAACAGCUCGGUUGCAAUGGAAGCGGAUCAGAACCUUGAAGCUCUACCUCUUCUAGAUCCUACUAGUGAGAGAAGAUCAACAGGUACUGGUGCAGAAGGUGGUGUCUCGAAACAAAGUAGUCCCCCAAGUGUCGCAGAAGAAACUCAAGAAGCAAACCAGUUAUCCCAGUAGUCCCCCAAGUGUUCCUUCUUCUCUGAUUAGAGGUCGUGGAACAGCAGCUCGUGGUCGUGGUGGGCAGGGUGGUGGUCGUGGACAGAGCUCUGGUUGACAUCGAUAACCUUUGGCAACAGACGGGAAUUUGAACACUUCAUAAUGCGUAAAUUAGUUUUGAAGUAUCAAGAGGUCUUGGAGUAGUAUAAAGUAGGGCUGGGAAAAGGAUUUUUAUAGAAGUUUCCAUUACUUUUUUGCCUGUAAGAUUUACCUGGGAAUAUCAACAACUGCCUUAAAGUGAACUCAUUGAGUCCCAAACAAACUUAGGAAACAAAGUUAUGGCGUCUGAUAUUGUAGUUUAAACUUACCUUGGUUGCGUAACUGGAUAGAAGAUCGAUGAAUGUGAUACGUUGGUGAC